CAGGUUUCUUAAGCUCUGUCUGUCUGUCUGUCUGAUUCAGGCCAUCUCCCCAGGCCUCAACUGCCUGGACUGGACCCUCCUGCUGUUUCAUGCCCUUUGCAUUUUGACCCAUGCCCGGCAUGGAGGGCAACCUCUCUGGGCUGGUGCCUGCUGCAGGGCUGGUGCCUGCGCUGCCUCCGGCAGUGACUCUGGGGCUGACCGCUGCUUACACCACUCUGUACGGCCUGCUCUUCCUCUCUGUCUAUGCCCAGCUCUGGCUGGUGCUGCUCUAUGGGCACAAACGGCUCAGCUAUCAGACGGUGUUCCUGGCCCUGUGUCUGCUGUGGGCCGCCCUGCGCACCACCCUCUUCUCCUUCUACUUCCGAGACACUGCUCGAGCCAACCGUCUGGGACCCCUCCCCUUCUGGCUGCUUUAUUGCUGCCCCGUGUGCCUCCAGUUUUUCACCCUCACGCUCAUGAAUCUCUACUUUGCCCAGGUGGUGUUUAAGGCUAAGACAAAGCAGCACCCAGAGAUGAGCCGGGGCCUGCUGGCCGUGCGGGGGGCAUUUGUGGGGGCUUCGCUGCUCUUCCUGCUGGUGAAUGUGCUGUGUGCCAUGCUGUCCCGUCGGCGCCAGACACAGCCCUGGGCACUGCUACUGGUUCGAGUGUUGGUCAGCGACUCGCUCUUUGUGAUCUGUGCCCUCUCUCUGGCUGCCUGUCUCUGCCUGGUGGCCCGGCGGGCCCCCUCAACCAGCAUCUACCUGGAGGCCAAGGGGACCAGCGUGUGCCAGGCUGCAGCCAUGGGAGGUGCCAUGGUCCUGCUGUAUGCCAGCCGGGCCUGCUACAACCUGGCAGCCCUGGCAUUGGCCCCCCACAGCCGGCUGGACACCUUUGAUUAUGACUGGUACAACGUCUCUGACCAGGCUGACCUGGUGAAUGACCUGGGGGACAAGGGUUACUUGGUAUUUGGCCUCAUCCUGUUUGUGUGGGAGCUGCUGCCCACCACCUUGCUUGUUGGCUUCUUUCGGGUACACCGGCCUCCACAGGACCUGAGUACCAGCCGAAUUAUCAACGGACAGGUCUUUGGUUCUCGAUCUUACUUCUUCGACCGGGCUGGACAUUGUGAAGAUGAGGGAGGACCUUGGGAACACAGCCGGGGAGAGAGUACCAGCCUGUCGGGAAGCCUGGGGGCUGGCAGCUGGUACAGUGCUAUUGGGCGGGAGCCCGGCUGGUGUGGGGGCAGCCAGACCCGAACCGCACCGCUCCUCUUCUCCCAGGUGGCUGGGCCUGCUGGCCACCAUCACCACAGCCUCUACUCUACUCCACAGACAUGAGUGCUUCCCCCACCCCCUGAGCUGCCCCCCUGCCCUCUGUCCCUGCCCGGUCUGCAGCUUCUAGUGCUGGGUCCUGCUCCUCCACCACUCCCUCCUGCUGGUGGUGGCACUGUCUGCCAGAUGCACAUUGCAUUCUGGCAUGCUGCCCUAACUUGCAUUGUGGAGCCAGCUACCUCUACUGUGCCUCCUGCUCAAUAAACAGUGCCGUGUCCCUGUUGGA